AUGAAAGAAGCAUUAAUCCUCCUGGUUCUCAUCACCUUCAUGGUGACAGUGUCAGACACCUCUUCUGGGCUUGCCAUAUCAUUGCCAGGGUGCCCUGACAAGUGUGGUAAUGUGUCCAUCCCUUACCCCUUUGGCAUCGGCGAUGGCUGUGCUGCAGGCAACCUGAACCGCUACUUUACUGUGACCUGCAAGGACAGUUUCCAGCCACCAAGGCCUAUGAUUGGUGACCCUUCCAGUGCUGUAGAGGUCAUCGACAUCUCCCUGGAGCAUGGUGAGGUGCGUGUUUACGGCGGAGUCAGCUACUACUGCUUCACGUCAAACACCACCAUAUCAGACAACAACACUGCCGGAUUCAGCCUGGAGAACACACCAUUCAUCCCCUCCACCCGCAACCGCUUCAUGGCCAUCGGAUGCAAUACCCUGGGGCUCAUUGGCGGCGACACACACAGCAACUCAGACCUUUAUGUGACUGGCUGCUACUCAUACUGCCAAGGCAUCAACAGUACAUCUGACGGAGCACCAUGCACUGGGAUGGGAUGCUGUGAGACCACCAUAUCCCCCAACCUCACCAACUUCGCAGCACUACUGUACAACCAGAGCAACAUAGAUGAGUGCAAGCUACGUAAGCAGGACCUGAAGUACAAAGAAUUAUAUCCAUGUGAAAAUGGGGUCUGUCACAAUACACAAGGAGGCUAUAUAUGCAAGUGCAAGAUAGGAGCAAGAUCAGAUGGUACAAAUUCUGGAUGCCGGCCUGUGCUUCGCCAAGCUGAACAGGUGGCCAUAGGCCUCAGCGCAGGUGCAGUUGUGGUGGUAUCUUUGACGUGCUUACUGGUUAUGAAGUUACAACGGAACAAGCAUAGGAGGGAGAAGGAUGAUUAUUUCAAACAAAAUGGAGGACUCAAAUUAUAUGAUGAGAUGAGAUCAAGGCAAGUUGACACCAUUUAUAUACUUACAGAGAAAGAGAUAAAGAAAGCCACAGAUAAUUUUAGUGAAGAUCAUGUUCUUGGAUGUGGUGGCCAUGGCAUGGUCUAUAGAGGAACUUUAGCUGACAACAAAGAAGUUGCCAUAAAGAAGUCCAAAAUAAUAAAUGAUGACAGCAGAGAAGAAUUUGUCAAUGAGAUAAUAGUCCUGUCCCAAAUUAACCACAGGAACAUAGUGAGGUUACUAGGAUGCUGCUUGGAGGUAGAUGUGCCGAUGUUGGUGUAUGAGUUCAUUUCCAAUGGUACGCUCUUUGAGUUUCUUCAUGGAACUGAUGCCAGAAUACCAAUACCAUUGGAUCUAAGAUUGAAUAUUGCUACACAGUCAGCAGAAGCUCUUGCCUACAUUCAUUCAUCAACUUCUCGCACAAUUGUGCAUGGAGAUGUCAAAUCCCUAAAUAUACUCUUGGAUAACGAAUACAAUGCAAAAGUGUCAGAUUUUGGAGCAUCAGCACUGAAGCCCAUGGACAAAAACGAUUUCAUUAUGCUUAUCCAAGGAACUCUUGGUUAUAUCGACCCUGAGAGUUUUGUCAGUCACCGCUUAACUGAUAAAAGUGAUGUAUACAGCUUUGGGGUCGUUCUUUUGGAGAUAAUGACAAGAAAGAAGGCCAUACAUAUUGAUACUUCUAACGAACAAAAAGCACUAUCCUAUACUUUCACACUGAUGUUCCACCAGAAUAAGCUCCGGGAUAUAUUGGACACUGAAAUAGUUGAUGAUGAAGUUAUGAUAGUACUCAAGAAACUAGCUCAGCUCGUCAUGCACUGCCUGAGCCCAAAAGGAGAUGAAAGGCCAACAAUGAAGGAAGUUGCAGAGCGACUACAAAUGUUAAGAAGACUUCAGACACAGCUUGUCACCAAGACCAACCCUAUUCAAGAACAUUAUUCUUAUGGAGUGCCAUUAGUUUCUAUGCUUUCAGAUGAGACUGGGAUGUUAGAGGACUGA